UUUCCCAGAGCUGAUCAGGGCAUCACCUGGUUACUGCUCUUGGCGAAGUAGGUACUGGCAAGCAGGGAUAGUGGAAAAGGUAACAAGGUGAUGGCUCACACGGCCAGGCAAACAAUUAUCUCGACGAAGCGCAGACAAAAAGUGGGAUCUAUGAAACCGUGGCCAAGAAAAAGGACAAGGAUGACAGGAACGUAGAAACAGAAGAUGGUUUCAGGUCGACGAGUCCGCUGCCGCCUCGCACAGUGGCACUGUUGCUCGGUUUUGUGAGUAGAGGCCAGCGAGUAGGCUCAAAGUUCUGCAUGGCUCGUCUACCUUGUAAGCAAACCGCCAAGCUCGCUCGGUUUAAAAGCUCCGAUCGCCUCUUGCGAGGGAUUCCAGUUCCGGAUCAUGUUGAAGCUCACUGCAGUGUUUGUGCUGUUGCUCCUCAAAACUGUGGAAAGUUUAGAUGGCGAAGAGAAAGACUACAUUGUUUACAUGGGAGGAAAAGGAGAAACCGAGUCGCGCGUACUGACUGCUUCUCACAAUGACAUCCUUACCAGCGUUCUCGGAAGCGAGGAGAAGGCAUCAGAUUCUAUCAUUUACAGCUACAAGCACAGCUUCAAUGGCUUCUCCGCCAGAUUGACAAAGGAACAUGCGGAGAUCAUCUCAAGGAUGCCGAACGUAGUCAGUGUCUUUCCCAGCAAAACGAUCCAGCUUCACACCACGCGAUCAUGGGAUUUUCUCGGGGUUGCUCCGCAACAGAAUGAGAUGGGAUUUAGCGAGCUUGCCGGAUCAUACGACGUGAUCGUCGGUGUCGUAGACACAGGACUAUGGCCAGAAUCCAAGAGCUUCGACGACACUGGACUCGGACCAGUGCCUUCUCGCUGGAAGGGCCUGUGCAACAACACCGGCAUCACAAACACCUCCGAGCUCUUCACUUGCACCAAGAAAAUCGUCGGUGGCCGUGCUUAUCCGCUUUCAUCUUCAUCAAGCGCAUCAAACUCGCGCUCCCUGCUGGGAAUCUCGACAGGCAGUCCAAUAGUCCAGGAAUUUAACAACUCCAGAGACGGAACUGGUCAUGGAACCCACACCUCGUCCACAGCCACGGGAGUGAGCGUUUCGGGAGCAAGCCUGUUCGGACUUGCCGAAGGAACGGCCAGAGGUGGAUACUCGAAAGCCAGAGUCGCAAUGUACAAGGCAUGCUGGAAUGGUGGCUUUUGCUCCGAGAAUUCCAUCAUGGCUGCUUUCGACGACGCUGUGCAUGACGGAGUCGACGUUCUGUCCGUGUCACUGGGAGGACGUCCUAAGCAGUAUGACUUGGAUGGAAUCGCGAUUGCAGCUUUUCAUGCCGUGGCCAAGGGCGUUGUCGUGUCGUGCUCGGCAGGAAACUCUGGUCCCGAUCCAAAAUCUGUCGCGAAUGCUGCUCCCUGGAUACUCACCGUUGGUGCAAGCUCCAUCGACAGAAAGAUUGAAUCCGCUAUUCUUCUUGGCAACAAUGUCACCCUCCCGGGUACUGGACUCAAUAUCUUCGAUCCCAAGAGCUCUUACAGUUUGGUCUCCGCUGGAAACAUAGCUACGAACGGAUCUUCCAAGUUCUAUGCCAGCCGCUGCGUGGCGGGCUACGUCGACGCCGCGAAGGUCAAAGGCAACAUCGUCUACUGCAUUUUUGAUCCCGACGUUGGAUUCAGUUUAGCAGCAGUCCCAAACGCGACCGGUGUGAUAUUAAGUGGGGAUUUCUACGCAGAGAUUCUCUUCGCUUUCACUAUUCCAACAACGCUCGUGCACGAAAGCGUGGGAAAACAAAUAGAGUCCUACAUAAGCUCCACAAAAAAUCCCACAGCAACGAUCCUGAAAAGCACAACCUUGUCGAAUGUGACCCCGGCACCUGUUGUUGCAAGCUUCUCCUCCCGAGGACCAAACGCGGUGUCACCAGACAUAGUCAAGCCUGAUGUUACUGCUCCAGGACUAAACAUCUUGGCUGCAUGGCCUGACAACUCUCCGAUCUUCGUUCUAAACAACAUUUCCUACUUCUCGAGCUACAACAUCGAAUCCGGAACUUCCAUGUCGUGCCCUCACGUCUCGGGUGCUGCAGCUCUACUGAAAUCCGUCCACCCCGACUGGAGUCCCGCUGCUAUAAGAUCCGCGCUCAUGACCACAGCAACGAUUCUUGACAAUACCAAUUCCCCCAUCUCCGACUUCAACAAAUCAACCUCGGGGCCCUUCGAUACUGGCGCCGGAGAAAUCAAUCCAGCGAAAGCGCUGGAUCCAGGCCUCGUUUACGACAUAACUCCACAAGACUACAUCUCAUAUCUCUGCGAGAGUGGAUACAACACAACACAAGUGAGGCUCAUAUCAAGCGAUCCAAACACAAGUUGCAAGCCGCCAAAGAGCAACGCCACCACACCUUUCCUCAACUAUCCUUCCAUCGGAUUCAUGGGACUGACCACCACCUCUCCUCAAUCGACUGAGCGAAUCGUCACCAACGUUGGAGCUCCAAAGAGUGUCUACACUGCGGAGAUCACGGCGCCCUCCUCGACCAGCAUCGUGGUCGAGCCCUCCAGUCUCGAGUUUAGCUCCACCGGCCAGAAGCUCUCCUACACGAUCACUGCGACCGCGAAGAACUCGCUGCCCGUAUCGAUGUGGUCUUUUGGAUCAAUCACCUGGAUCGCGAGCUCGCACACUGUCCGCAGCCCGAUCGCCGUCACCUCCGCCACCAAGAAGAUUAUCUCACUGUGAUGUUUAUGGUGGCGUCAACUUUGUAGAUCACUUGCCAUCAAUGAAUGUUUUAGACUUU